AUGGUGGAUCCCGAAGUGGAUAGUGGUUUAGUACUCGACGUCUACGGAAGUAUUCAUAUAACACUCUCGCCAUUCUUCGACGUUGAGUUUGGAUCCGACGACACCGUCGACGACUAUUUGAAUCGCAUCCUCCCUACGCUCGUGGAUGUCGUAGACGAACAAUUUGAAGACUACGAUUGGACCAUCCGCGGACACCCACCGGCCUCCUCCCCGGCGACAAAGAAGUUCCGAUUCCACUCACAUUAUGUCCGACAGUCUUCCUUUUGGUGUUUCCUUGAAGUAAUGAGUGCAGCAAUUGCAAAAACCAUCAUGAUCUGUAGCAAAUGCAACCCAAAAAAUUUAGAUAAAGAAAAUUGCACGCUUAACAUUCCAAAGGGAAAGACAAAUACGGAACUCCGGCAUAGUCACUCGGUGUUGGAGAAGAAGUGGGGUAGCACACCAAGUUUGGGAACCUCCUGGACAGAAAUUGGAGACCCUCUGAACAGCAAGACAGCCCAGACCUUUGAGGUUAUAAAACACCUUGGAGAGCACUUGAGGGAUUUUCUGGUUAGCAAACAGGGAGCAGAAUCUGGACCUAGCACUAUGGCUGGUCGGAGUUUCCAGGACAGCAUUUCUAGUGGAAAUUGUGGACAGCAAUUUAGAGCAAAGUACACACUUUUCUUCCUCUCCCUCCUUCCUUACCACGCACGCCAUCGAACAGACACGUGUUACGCGGCUCAUUUGGAACAGUCACCCCAUGUUCCCGACUCCCUCCUAUUUAUAUACCUAAUCCGCCACCUCUUCCUCUUUAAAAUUGCUUGCUUGAUGACUCCUACCUUUCCUCUUCAAUACGAAAUGAAAACCAGACCUCGACCCUCCAAUCUCUCCCGCUUCUUCCGCUGUCGUCCGACGACCGACGACGACGACGACGACGAAUUGCCGCCCCUGACAACCUCCAGCACCGCUGGCUCCGACAACUCUCCGUACACCAUGUCCCCGUACAACCCCUCCGCCGCCUCUUCCCCCUUCGUAAGAUCCCCCUGGAUCCACUCCACCGCCGCCGUCGCUCCCUUCCCGCAGGACCCCAACACCGCCCUCCUCGGCUCCCUCAUCCGCCAGGAGGGACACGUGUACUCCCUCGCCGUCUCCGGCGACCUCCUCUUCACCGGCUCCGACAGCAAGAACAUCCGCGUUUGGAAAAACUUCAGCGAAUUAGGCGGCUUCAAGUCCUGCAGCGGCCUCGUCAAAUCCAUCGUUUUAUUCAAGGAUAAAGUCUUCACCGGCCAUCAAGACGGCAAGAUCCGCGUUUGGAAACUAGAUUCGAAAUCCGACGGCUAUAAACGCGUCGGCACGCUCCCACGGUUUCAAGACUUUCUGAAAAGCUCCAUCAGACCGUCCAAUUACAUAGAGGUCCGGCGUCACCGGAACGCGGUUUGGCUACGGCACUUCGACGCAGUGUCCUGCCUCGCGCUGAACGCGGAGCAGGGGUUGCUGUACUCGGGUUCGUGGGACCGGACGAUCAAGGUGUGGAGAUUAUCGGACUUCAAGUGCCUCGCGUCGGUGAACGCGCAUGAUGACGCCGUGAACGCGGUGGCGACGGCGUUUGGGAAUAUGGUGAUGAGCGGAUCGGCUGAUGGGACGGUGAAGCUUUGGGAGAGGGAGGAGAGGACGGGGAAACACGUGGCGGUUAGAACGCUGUUGAGAAGGGACAGCGCGGUGACGUCGAUCGCGGUGGCGGAGAAGGACGGUGUGGUGUACUGCGGGUCAUCUGAUGGGUGGGUGAGAUUUUGGGUGGGGGGAAGGAGGUUCGAGAAGGGCGGGGGGCUGAGGUGGCACAGUAUGGCUGUGUUGUGCUUGGCGACGGCCGGGAGGAUGGUGGUGAGCGGGUCGGCGGAUAGGACGGUGCGCGUGUGGAGGAGGGAGGGGUUGGGCGCGCAGCACGUGCGAGUGGCGGCCUUGGCGGGUCACACGGGACCGGUUAAAUGUUUGGCGGUGCAGGAGGACGUAGAGGGCGGAGGGGAGGUGGGAGGAAGAUGGUUGGUGUAUAGUGGGAGUUUAGAUGGGUCGGUUAGGGUGUGGCGGGGGGGGAAUCGGCCGGCGCAGCCGGCGGUUGGUCGGAAUUGGGUAUGAGCUGGUGUUUGACGAUGCGGUCAAAUGUAAAUAUUGAGAAAAAUACGAAUUACUGGAUUGUAUAGUAGAGUGACGAGGCCUCAAUUACUAUUAUUUGUAAAAGGAAGAUAAUUUAAAAAAAAAAAUUAUAGUAUUGACUAUUGAGCGUGUUUCGAUACAUUGUAAGAAAGAUUGAAGAAAAUUUUGUUUUAAGAGAAAGAAAUUAUGUGGAUCUGACUUGCUGGUUUG